AUGGCACUCUUUCCCAACGUCCUCGUCUUUUCAGCCAUAUACACACAUUUCAAAACAUCCCCUCUUCUUGCUAACCAAUUCCACAGUCUCAAACGUUCCUCAUACUACAACCCCGACUACCGAGCCGGAGCGGCCUUGAACCGCGCCCGUCGUCCAUACCUGUUCAAAAACCUGAUUACGGGAGCGUGUAUCUUUAGCUUCGCUAUUGGUGUUUUCGCAUUCACACUCAAAGCCGUGGGACAGGAUAACUUUGAGGACGUCGUCGUGCCGGACGCGCCAGCGCCAGCAGCGGCCCAGCAACAACAGGCGCCCAAGGCUCCUAAUGCGCAGGCGAAUGGGAUGCGGUCGUAA